CCCAAGAUGGCGGCGGGGCCGUGCCGCGGGCGCUGAGGCGGCGCCGGGACCAGGACCGGGACUGGCACCGGGAGCGGGAUCGGGAGCGGGAACGGCACCGGGAGGCGGGGCUGGAGCGGGAACAGGGCGGGCCAUGGCCGCCGCCGCUGCCGCGCGUUGAGGCCCCGCCGCUCACCCGGGUCGGGAUGCCCCGGGGGGGGCCCGGGCCGCCGCCGGAGCCAUGGAGGAGGAGGGCAAGAAGGGCAAGAAGCCUGGCAUCGUGUCCCCGUUCAAGCGCGUGUUCCUGAAGGGCGAGAAGGGCCGGGACAAGAAGGCCCAGGAGAAGGUGACGGAGCGGCGCCCGCUGCACACCGUGCUGGUGGCACCGCCCGACCGCGUGGAGCCCGACCUGCUGCUCCACGACUACAUCGAGAAGGAGGUCAAGUAUUUAGGGCAGCUCACGUCCAUCCCGGGGUACCUGAACCCCUCGAGCCGCACGGAGAUCCUGCACUUGAUCGACAACGCCAAGAGAGCCCACCAGCUCCCGGGGCAGCUGACCCCAGAGCAUGACGCUGUCAUCAGCCUCUCUGCCUACAACAUCAAGCUGGUGUGGAGGGACGGGGAGGACCUGAUCCUCAGGGUGCCCAUCCACGACAUCGCCUCCGUCUCCUACAUCCGGGACGACUCCGCACACCUGGUGGUGCUCAAGACAGCUCAGGAUCCCGGCAUCUCGCCCAGCCAGAGCCUGUGUGCCGAGGGCUCCAAGGCGCUGACGUCGGGCUCGCUGUCGGAGAGCGCAGGGGGGCCCCUGGAGUGCUGCUGCCUGGUGGUGCUGGCCACAGAGAACAAGGUGGGUGCUGAGGAGCUGUGCUCCCUGCUCAGCCAAGUCUUCCAGAUCGUUUACACCGAGUCCACCAUCGACUUCCUGGACCGCGCCAUCUUCGACGGGGCCUCGACACCGACCCGGCACCUGUCCCUGCACAGCGAUGACUCUUCCACCAAGGUGGACGUGAAGGAGCCCUUCGAGGCGGAUGCCAGCACUUUUUCCUUUGCAGACACGCUGGAAGCAGGGGACACGUCCCCGUCCUCCUUCUCUGCGCGCCCGUCCCCACACGUCACCACGGCCAGCGAGAGCGAGCUCAGCACCACGGCCACCGAGCUGCUCCAGGACUACAUGAUGACGCUGCGCACCAAGCUGUCCUCGCAGGAGAUCCAGCAGUUCGCCAUGCUGCUGCACGAGUACCGCAACGGCGCCUCCAUCCACGAGUUCUGCAUCAACCUCAAGCAGCUCUACGGGGACAGCAGGAAAUUCCUGCUCCUGGGCCUGCGGCCCUUCAUCCCCGAGAAGGACAGCCAGCACUUCGAGAACUUCCUGGAGACCAUCGGCGUCAAGGACGGCCGCGGCAUCAUCACCGACAGCUUCGGCCGCUACCGCCGCUCGCUGGGCCCCGCCUCCGCCUCCAACGGCACCGCCGCCGGCAGCUCGGACGAGCAGUCCGUGCCCUCCGAGGAGGACGAGUGGGACAGGAUGAUCUCCCACAUCAGCAGCGACAUCGAGGCCCUGGGCUGCAGCCUGGACCGCGACUCGAACUGAGGCAGCCCGGGAGCUGCUCCCGCGGGGCACAGUCACCCCCGAGGGGACCCUGGGACACAGGGACACCCCUGGGGGGGACAGAGUCACCCCUGGGACACAGAGACACCCCCGGGGGGGACCUGGGGCUGCCCCCUGUGGGGACAUGGAAUGUGGAGCUGAUCCCAAGGUGAUCCUGGGACAUGGAGCUGCCCCUGGAGGGAGCCCAGGACACAGAGCUGGGAUCACAAGGUGAUCCUGGGACAUGGAGCUGCCCUCGGAGGGGACAUGGGAUAUGGGUUUGCCCCAAGGGGACUCUGGAGCUGACCUUGGAGCAGGACAUGGAAUAUGCAUCUGCCCCAGAGGGCUCUGGAGCUGCCCCUAGAGGGACCCCAGAACAGGGAGCUGCCCUCAGGGGAAUCCAGGACACAGAGCUGCCCUUGGAGGGGACAUGGGAUAUGUAUUUGCCCCAAGGGGACUCUGGAGCUGCCCUCGGAGCAGGACAUGGAACACGGAUCUGCCCCAGGGGGACUCUGGAGCUGCCCCUGGAGGGACCCAAGAACACCAACCUGUGCCCUGAUGGAGAUGCUGGAAGAUGGAGCUGCCCAUGCAGGGACCCCAGACCCCUCCUGUGGGGGUCCCACGGGGUGUCUGCAGUGCCCCAGCCCCCUGAACAGCUCCAGGGGCUCCAGCUGGGACGUGGGCACAGAGCUGGAUUGAGGUUUUGGGGGCAGGUCUCCUCCCAGAGGGACAGAUCUGCUCCUGAGGGGUGUGCUGAGUGUUGGGAUCUGCUCCCCCUCCCCAGUUUACAGUUUGCACAGCGGCUCCCCCAGAAGUGCCCCCCCCAAAUGAAGUUUUACCACAAUGUGAA